ACCACAGAGACACAAAACAACCACAGAGACACAAAACAACCACAAAGAGACACAAAACAACCACAGAGACACAAAACAACCACAGAGAGACACAAAACAACCACAGAGACACAAAACAACCACAGAGACACAAAACAACCACAAAGAGACACAAAACAACCACAGAGACACAAAACAACCACAGAGAGACACAAAACAACCACAGAGACACAAAACAACCACAAAGAGACACAAAACAACCACAGAGACACAAAACAACCACAAAGAGACACAAAACAACCACAGAGACACAAAACAACCACAGAGACAUAAAACAACCACAGAGACACAAAAUGACCACAAAGAGACACAAAACAACCACAGAGACACAAAACAACCACAGAGACAUAAAACAACCACAGAGACAUAAAACAACCACAAAGAGACACAAAACAACCACAGAGACAUAAAACAACCACAGAGACACAAAACAACCACAAAGAGACACAAAACAACCACAGAGACAUAAAACAACCACAGAGACACAAAACAACCACAGAGACAUAAAACAACCACAAAGAGACACAAAACAACCACAGAGACAUAAAACAACCACAGAGACACAAAACAACCACAAAGAGACACAAAACAACCACAGAGACAUAAAACAACCACAGAGACAUAAAACAACCACAGAGACAUAAAACAACCACAGAGAGACAAAAUGACCACAAAGAGACACAAAACAACCACAGAGACACAAAACAACCACAGAGACACAAAACAACCAGAGACACAAAACAACCACAGAGACACAAAACAACCAGAGACACAACACAACCACAGAGACACAAAAUGACCACAAAGAGACACAAAACAACCACAGAGACACAAAACAACCACAGAGACACAAAAUGACCACAAAGAGACACAAAACAACCACAAAGAGACACAAAACAACCACAGAGACACAAAACAACCACAGAGACACAACACAACCACAGAGACACAAAAUGACCACAAAGAGACACAAAACAACCACAGAGACACAAAACAACCACAGAGACACAAAAUGACCACAAAGAGACACAAAACAACCACAAAGAGACACAAAACAACCACAGAGACACAAAACAACCACAGAGACACAAAACAACCACAAACAGACACAAAACAACCACAGAGACACAAAACAACCACAAAGAUGGGUGACUUCAACUCGACCUCUAGAUGGCGCUGUCAGACAUCACUAUGGAGGUACUUGUGGUCUCUUUGUGUUGAGUUCAGACACUCACCUUUGGUCCUGUUGAAGCCGUCUGUCUGUCCGUCUGUCUCUCUGUCUUGCUGUCUGUCCACAUGUCUGUCGGCAGAGGACGGCCUCCUCUGAGCCCGGUUACUGCAGCCGCCCCUCUGAUCAAUACAUAGAUUAUUCAUUAUUGAUUAUGGUUACAUGUUUCUACUUCAUCAACUUCCUCCUCACUAACUCACUCAAAAACCAUGACUCAAACCUUCAUCGGUUAGUGCUUUGCAUCUGUAUUCAGUCGUCAUUUGUUGUUUUCCGUUUAACCUCACCCUUUUUUUUUUUUUGUUUAACCUCACCCUGACUGGUCGAGGCAGAUGUCUGCCCUCCCUGAAACUGGUUCUGCUGGAGGUUUUUCCUCCCUCUGUCACCAGGUGGUGCUCACUGGGAACUUUCUGUGUUUCUUUCUGUACAUUAACACUGUAAAGUUUGGCUUUUACCGUGUAAACCGCUCUGAGACGACUAACUCUGUGGUUUGGUGAUAUCUGAAUUCAUGACUGAUUAUUGCAGCUGUGUUUGGUUCACCACUGACCGGAGGCGUGUCGCAGUUUUGUGCAGAACAUCCAGGUGUUGGUCGGCGCCGGGAGUUGGAGGUCAUCUCUGUCUGGUCGCCAUGGGAACGAUCCUGUUGGAACGACAUCACAGUUAGACUCUUCAGCAUAACUUUAUCAUUGAAGGAAUAAUUUAUGGCUCAGAUGUGAGACUUGAUGAAUCCCAAUUUAACAUGGAGCCCAAGAACCUAAAUACAAAGUUUAACAGAAAAAUAUCAUCAUCCUUGGUUGGCUGUAGAGUUAAUCAACAAAACACGUGUUGUACACACUUUUUAAAUGUCAGAUAUGGACUUUACAUGGCACCAGAAACAGGAAGUAACACUCCAUACUGACUCAAACAAUAAGCUCUGAAUUAUAAAUAUGUGUGUUUUGUGUUGGGUUGUGGAUGCUUUGUGUCUCAAUGGUUGUCUUGUGCCUCUUUGUAUUCAUUUAGCAUCUUUUGUGGUCAUUUUGUGUCUCUUUGUGGUGGUUUAAUGUGUCUUUGUGGUUGUUUCGUGUCUCUUUGUGGUCAUUUAGCAUCUUUCGGUGGUUUUGUGUCUCUUUGUCUUGUGUUUGUGGUGGUUUUGUGUCUUUUUGUGGUUGUAUCUUUUGUUGUCUUUCUUUUGUGUAGAGUUGUGGUUUUCUUGGACCCCUGUGAUUUUUAUUAUGGAUCUUUGUUUUGUGUCUUUAUGUGCAUGCUGUGUUGGUUGUGGUUGUUUUAUGUUUCUUUGUGCAAUGCGCUGCUUUUGAUUUAUUCCAUUUCUUAUUUUUUAAGUUCUUCUCAAAGGCAGCAAAACCCAAAUUUAACCAAAAAUUCUAUUUUUUUUACCGUUUUCGGGCGCCAUUUUCAGGCAAGAGGCCUUCACAGGGCGAUACUAAGUGCUCGUGUUUCAGAGGGACAUAAAAACAUUUCUGAGAACGUUCAGUAUGUUUUUCUAACUUCAACUUAUUAAAAUAUGGUCAAUAAUAGUAUAAUUUAGUUAAAAUGGAUUGCCACGACUACUUUUGAUUGUUCUGUUCUUAUUUUUGGCAACAAAAAAGUACACACCCCUCCCGUGUAGGUGAAGUGGUUUAGUCCUGGCAGGUGCUAAUGGUAGGUGUUUACUGGUGAGGAGCUCAGGUGGAUUUGUGUAAAUUUAUUUUUUUGUCUUUUCUCAAGUUAUUUUGUUGAUUUGUAAGUCAUAUCUGCGCAGCUGAAACUAAAACCUGCUGUAAAACAACCAAAAGCAAAGACAGAGAGAAACAAAAACAACAGUUUUUCUCAGAUGAAUUUUGGUUCCGUCCACUGGUGACGACAGUAGUCCAUUAGCGCGGCUCCCUCUAAGGCGGCUAACUUUAGCGCCGCUAGCAGCUAGCUUUAAUGCGGCUAACUUUAGCGCGGCUAGCUUUAAUGCAGCUAAUUUUAGCGCGGCUUGCUUUAUUGCGGCUAGCUUUAUUGCGGCUAGCAUUAGCGGCUAACUUUAGCGCGGCUAGCUUUAAUGCAGCUAAUUUUAGCGCGGCUUGCUUUAAUGCGGCUAGCUUUAUUGCGGCUAGCGUCAGCGGCUAACUUUAGCGCGGCUAGCUUUAGCCGACAUUUGGUCAGCUUUUAUCAAAUUGAAACAGCGGCUCUGGCCUGAUGGCGGCUCCAGCCCCAGCAGCCCGGCCUGGGCCUCCCUCCACCCUGCCGUUAGCAGCCCUCCAGCCCCGGUAGCAGGUGAGCAGCUCCCCUUGAACUUCAGAUGUACUUGAACUCCAGUGUUUUCAUUUUAAACCUUUACCUUUUACUCUUCUACGUUAAUCUGACAGCUUUAGUUGCUUUGCACAUUUAUUGGAAUGGUUCGAAUAUAAUCAGUAAAUGAAUUAUAGAUCAAUAUUUAAGUAUAUUGAUCAAUGAGGGGAAGUUAAAAUAGUUCAUCCAGCUUUAUUAGCUUAGCUUAAUCAAUAAAGUGAUGAACUCAUGGAAGAAUCAUUCAUUCUAAUCCAAUAUUAUUAUUCUGCAUAAUCAGAACUUUAAGUAUGUUUGAUGCUUUAAUUUAUGAGUUUUCAUACUGGACAUAUUACAACUUUUACUUCUGUAAAUCAUCCUAUUGCUGGAAUUUAAAAUAUGUUUUUUUUGUUUGUUUUUUUUUCUUAGAUCAGCACAUUUUGAAACAAAUUUCUGGUUGGCCAUCUCCGAUCUGAUUUUUUCAGAAUUAUUCCAGUGUGAAACCUGAAUAUUUGUAAAGACCCUCAGGUGCCUCCAUGAUUUUAUCUCCAUCCCUGACCUGAAACCAGCAGCUGGACUGAAGCAAAGACGUCUGAGAUGUGAUGGAUGAUUUGGAAAACGCCGGGCUGAAGUCAGCAGGCCGGAUAUUUAGUCGGUCAGUCAGCAGCUGGAAGAAGAACAACGAGCAUCAGCCGUCCAGACAUGGCGUGGCUCCAUCAGAGUCGAGGUUCUCCCAGACUCGUCCUGGUUGUGGUUUGUGUUGCUCUACUGCUCGACAACAUGCUGCUGACUGUAGUCGUGCCAAUCAUCCCAACAUUUCUCUAUGCCAUGGAGCACCCCAGUCCGGAGCCCCAGACCACCCAGCCUUCCCUGCUCCCUCUGCCCGGCCUCGGUGCUUCCCGCCUGGGCACCGUGGCCUCACAGCUCCCCUCCUCUGACCUCCGGACCUCCCAGCUCCCACGGUUGCCUCAGCCCAGCCACAGUGCUCCGGUCCUGGGUCCGGAGUCGGAGCAGCCUCCCUCCACCUUCUCUCCUCUGGUGUCCCUGUUUGACAACAAGACCUUCAGCCUGCAGGAGAACCGGGCCGAAGCCACGCCGGACACCAAACCUACGGACCCGACCGGACCGACCUCGGAGGUCAAUGACACCGCUGAGUCCUCCUGUCUUCAGGACAGUGUUUUUCUUGAGGAGGAAAAUGUUCGAGUUGGUUUGUUGUUUGCGUCUAAAGCUCUCGUCCAGCUGCUCGUCAACCCGUUUGUUGGUCCGCUCACCAACAGGAUCGGUUACCACAUCCCCAUGUUUGCUGGUUUCAUCAUCAUGUUUGUGUCUACCAUCAUGUUUGCGUUUUCAGGAACCUACGCUCUGCUGUUCUUCGCUCGGUCUCUGCAGGGAAUCGGCUCGUCCUUCUCCUCAGUGGCAGGUCUGGGGAUGUUGGCCAGCGUUUACACCGAUGACGAGGAAAGAGGCAUCGCGAUGGGCGUGGCUCUGGGAGGACUGGCCAUGGGAGUCCUGAUCGGAGCGCCAUUCGGCAGCGUGAUGUACGACUUCGUGGGGAAGAGCGCCCCCUUCCUGAUCCUUGCCUUCCUGGCCUUGUUUGAUGGAGCGUUGCAGCUUUGCAUCCUGCAGCCUUCGAAGAUCUCUCCUGGGAGUGUGGAGGGAACGCCGCUACUGACGCUCCUGAAAGAUCCGUACAUCCUCAUCAGUGCAGGCUCUCUGUGCUUCGCCAACAUGGGCGUGGCCAUCCUGGAGCCCACGCUGCCCAUCUGGAUGAUGCAGACCAUGUGCUCUCCUAAAUGGCAACUUGGUAUGGCCUUCCUCCCUGCCAGCAUCUCCUACCUGAUUGGAACAAACCUGUUUGGCGUUCUGGCCAACAAGAUGGGACGGUGGCUCUGCUCCAUGUUGGGGAUGUUCAUCGUCGGCGUCAGUCUGCUGUGUGUUCCUUUUGCCACCAGCAUCUACGGUCUAAUUGGACCAAACGGAGGUCUGGGCUUCGCUAUCGGUAUGGUGGACUCCUCUAUGAUGGCCAUCAUGGGUUACCUGGUCGACAUCCGCCACGCCUCCGUCUACGGCAGCGUCUACGCCAUUGCCGACGUGGCGCUGUGUAUGGGCUUCGCUAUCGGACCGUCCACGGGGGGCGCUCUGGUGCAGGCGGUGGGUUUUCCCUGCCUCAUGGUGUUUAUCGGAGUCAUCAACAUCCUGUACGCUCCUCUCUGCUUCCUGUUGCGGAACCCUGAAGUCCGAGAGGAGAAAAUGGCGAUCAUCGACCAGGAGUGUGUGAUGCACAGGAAAAGCUACAACACACACAAGGAGAGUCGAGAGUUUCCUCUGAGCGACUACAGCGAAGAAGAAGAAACAGAGGAAUGAUACACAAACAUAUGCACACGUAUACACACAAACAUGCACACACACAUAGAUACACACAUAGAUGCGCACACAUACAUACGUGUCCAUGUUGUCUCCGUGUUUUUCUGCACACGUGUUCUCUGUAAUGUUCACUAUUAGAUAAUAAACCGGUUCCACUGCAGGACGCCUCGUUAACUACAGCUGGUGGUUUGCUAAGCCCCGCCCCUCCUGUCUAAUUAUCUUCAUACUAACUGGUGUUCACUAAUUAUAUUAUUACAACAGAAUCAUCUUGACAUCAAACAUCAACCAGGAUGGAGAUCUCUGAGAUGUUAGAUGAUUCCAAAGAGCAUCACCUCACAGUCAGGACCAUCCAUCCACUGUGGUCCACCUGGUCAGGUUCUCACCAACAUCUGGACUCCAUCUGAGCCCAACUAGUUCAUCUCCAUCUGACCAAAGAUGAGCUCUGAUUAGAGGAACUAUGACUCCUUCUAGACCUCCUGAUUAGUGCUACUGUGGAGCUAAUGACAUGCUAACUCUCCCUGUAGGCAGAAUGCUGGUUAGCCUUACAUGCUAACAUUAACAGAUUAACACAUCAGACAUUGUUGCUCUGGUGUGUGUUUGUUUUGUAAACACACUAUCAGGGUUUAGUUUAGUAAACAACCAGCUGCUGUUCAUGAGAAUAAAGUUAUUUUUGUAGUGAAUAAAUUCUCCUCCAGUGGUCCGUCAGCGUUCUGACUCUACGUAUCUAAGAUGGUGGAACAGAGGAUGUUCUGGUCCAAGUUGUUAAGUUUAGAGUUUGUUUCGUUAUUUAAAGGGACGUGACGUUAAGUAAAGAGAUUUAAUGUGAGUUUAUUUUAAACAAGUGUUGAUGUGAACCUGACCUGUAACCAUUAAAACCUGCUUCACCUGGA